AUGUAUCUAAAACAGUUGUAUAGCGCUUCACAAAAAGACAGAACACCUAAAGAUCUUCAAUCUCAUUUAGCAUACAUGAUAGCGUGUUCAAAUUGUGAUGACAAGUAUGUAGGGAAAACAGUUCGGCAAGCUUUCAGAAGAUUUCAUGAAGAUGGUGCACCGAAACAGCAACCAUCACAAUCUUCGCAACAAUCUACCACAGCAUCCGGUCAACCACGCCCUCGUCGAUCGGAUCGUAACAAAAAUACAAAUAAAGUUGAUUACUUCCCAAAGGACACUAUUGCGGAAGAAGAAGAAGAUGAAAACAACACAAUUCCAAUUGAAAAAAAAAUAUUAAAAUCAGCGCUCCAAAAAAAUGAAUUCGAAACAAAACACAGAAUUGAUUGGGAAGAUUGGGAAAUCGUCUCCAAAGAUUCACACAAAUAUCGUCUUCUCGUUCGUCAAUCAUUACAAAUUCAAAAAUUAAACCCGAGCUUUAAUCGAACGAUCGCCUCCGUUCCUCUCAUCGUUUAUCCUGAAGGGCUCCAAGCAACAAAACCAACAGUGAAAAUGAAACCGGUCAGUGACCGGUUUCAAGUUAGGAAAGAGUGA